GCAGUAUCUGAGCAUCGGAGCGUGAGAAGGAAGAGGCUCAGAACGAGAACCUGGAGACAAGACAACGUGGUAAAAUAGCAAAGGAUUAGCAGUUUUUCUUUAAAUGUUUUACUCUUGUAUUUGUCAUCUUAAAUAGACAUCCAUCCAUCUUCCACCCGCUUCUCCUAUCUAGGGAUUCUGACUCGUGUCCCUGUUGCAGAUGAAAACCUCUUCUGUUCAAUAUUACCCUAGAAGGACACCAGUGAGGGAAGGAUUAUUCUACGUGGAUAACAGUGCAUUGAAGUUGUAACUACAGUAUAUAUAAAUGAAGAGCAUAUGAAAAUAUAUUUUAAAUUAAUGGCAUUUUUUUCUUUUCUUUCCAGACCAUCCAGAUAUAUUUUAUUGAAAAUGGAAACAUCCACUGUUGCUUAUAUCACCCUUAAGGCACUGAAUGAAUCCAGAACAAACAGAUAUGUGAUAUUUGCCUUUUCUCUUCAAGGUUAUAUUUUCACUCUCUUCCUGAAUCUGACUAUAAUUAUUACAGUCUUGCUGGAGAAGGACCUACAUCAGCCGAUGUACAUUUUCCUCUGUAACUUGUGUAUAAAUGGGUUGUACGGCACUGUGGGAUUUUACCCUAAAUUUCUGUCUGACUUAUUCUCUGACACUUAUUUGAUUUCCUACAGUGGAUGUUUACUUCAGACCUUUGUCAUCUUCUCAUAUGCAUUAUGUGAAUUUACCAAUUUAACAGUGAUGGCAAUUGACAGGUAUGUAGCAAUAUGCAGGCCUUUGCAUUACAGUACUGUAAUGACACCUGUUACUAUAUGCAAGCUGUUGAUUUUUAUUUGGAUGGUUCCAUUCUUCUCCAUUCUGUGUUCCAUUAUCCUGAAUAUUACUCUCCCCUAUUGUGGACUGUAUGUCAGCACCCUGUAUUGUAAAAUAACUAUUUCAACCUGCAAACAGGAUAGUGUGAGAUUUGCAUUCAAUGGAACAUUUGGAAGCAUGUAUUUAUUAAUGGCGACAUUUGUCAUCUACUCCUAUGGUAAAAUAAUUUCUGCUUGCAGGAAAUCAAAGGAAAACCGGGCUAAAUUCAUGCAAACUUGUCUUCCCCAUUUAAUAAGCUGCAUUAAUUAUGUAUUCAUCACCUUCCUUGAUGGAUUUAGUGGUACAAACUUUCCACAGUGGUUUAGCGGCUUUAUUUCUGUGGCAUUUUUAGUCAAUCCUCCUAUCAUUAAUCCCAUUAUUUAUGGCAUCAACCUGAGAUCUAUACGCAGAAAAGUCUGUAAAUGCUGUAAGAGACGGCAGGUUUUGGAGUGUGGCUUCACAUUUUGAAUAAUGCACGUUUCAUAUGACUUGGUUUCCUAGGUAGAUGUGUUCUUUGUGUGUUUUUCUUAAAGUUAGCUAUGCUGUACAUUCAUUAAAGUACCUCAUUUAGUAUGUUAUUACCUCAUUUAAAGUGUGAAAUCAAUGAAAAGUUUUAAACAUACAGCUUUGAGUAUGUGUGUAAAAUUAAUUUAUCUUAGUCAGCUAGAGCACACAUCCCUUCUGGAAUUUUAGCAGGGGAUUGAGGCACAGACUUGCAGUGUCUAUAGGGAGCUGCACUGUGUGAGCUGCAGUGAUUAGUGUGUUGUGCUGGGCAGGCUAGAGAGAGACGACAAAAAUGUGUCAAUGAGACCAAAACAUUCAUCUUAUCUAUUUCUAAUUAUCUUAUGUUUAACUGUAUCACCAGUAAAUGCACUGUAUAUUAUGGCAUUCUUCAGAUAAAUUAAAUUGUUUCUGACUGGUUUCUAACAUAUUAUGGUUAUUAUAAUACACAAAAUUUGAAAAAUAGAAUAACCUCUUUCUGAAGUUAACAUGCUUCUAACUUAAAUAUGUAAUGUUUAUAUUAUUGUGUCUGUCUUUAUUAGCUGGUAGGUGUAAAAUGUUUAAAAAUGUAUACUGGAUAUGUGUGUGUGUGUGUUUAUUAUAAAACACAGGAAUUAUAUUAUAGAUACAACAAUAACAUGUCAAGACAAAAUAAAAGCCAUUGUUAUGAUUUUGUAAUAUAUGUAUUAGAGCUAUAUAAAAGACAUAUCCUUGCUAUUAAAACUACAAUUUUGUGCCUUGCACAAUUUGAAGCAUAACUGAAUAAAAUAAAUUUUGUUUUGCUCAGAUAUACUCUAUUUAUAUAAAUAUAGCCACAUGUGAGAUGCCACUAUAUUGUGGUCAAGACGAAAUGCAAACAAAAGCUUUCCUUCCCUGUUUGCAAAUGUAAAUUAUGUCUGUAUGGGUCCAAUGAAAGCAGACGCGAUCUAAAACCCCUUUGUAUCAGUUUAUGAUAUUGCCCUUAAAACUAAAAUGUGAAUAUUAUUUAUAAAAUGGCUCUAGGAACAGAAGCCUGACAACCAGUGAAAUUGUACUUAAGAACUAGAAAGACGCUUAUUUUUGCAUAAUCAGUCUUAAAAAGAAACAUUGCAAAAUAAAGGUGUCUUUAACCUGUGAGGCGUUUGUCAGUGUCAAUGAACCAAGUAACGAUUCUUUGCCAUUUUCCUACGUCAAAUUCCCCCUGAGAUCCUAAGUGAAUUUGCUUGAUUUUAGCUGUGGAUAAUGGGAGUCUGAGCAACGUCACAACUGAAGUUCUUGCGUUGCAAUUU